AUGGGAAUUAGCAAUUUUGGAAUGCCGCAUUGGUUCGUGUUGACCCUUUUGCUGCUCUGUCGCUCGUGUGAAGGAUUACACUUCAAUGUAACACGAGUGAUACACGGAGACCACCGUGACUUAUUUACGAACAUGGAUCCUCUUGGGAAGUGUCCGCGGCGAAAUGACAAUGGAAGGCAGUGGUGUUUGGACAGGAAUGGAGAUUGUAGUAAUCGCGGAUGCUGUAUUUGUAGUUGCACUUAUUCUCAUUCAACAUUUCGAAUGGGUGCCUCUCCAAAAACUGCAACUUGUGUAGAAAAUUCUUCUUUUCGAACAUUUGCAGGUAAGAGUUUCGCAAUAUUUACCCUUCGAGCAGUGGUUUCUCCAGGCCGGAUGCUACGGGAGAGGAGCGUCCGGUCUGGAGAAACCACUGCUCGCAGGGUACGCAAUAUUUUGCUUUCGACUGUAUUUUCGCCAAUGAUCAGCUCUGUGUUUUAUUAAAAAAUCUGGCAUGCUUGUGCAUAGAAGAUGUUUAAUAGCACGAUGUGACAGGGGAAAAAGAAUAUUUGUAUCUUUGUAAACGAGGUUUUAAGGGGGUUUUAAGAAUUUCACUUAGCGUGAAGGCGUGUUUGUCGCGGAAUGAAAAAUUAUUUUCAGAGGCGAUUUUUAAUUUUUUUACAAGACUACAUCAACGUGUAUUUUAUUUACCUUUCAUACUCCACCUAAUAAACGCAUUUCAAGUUCAUUUACUGCAUAUUUAUCUUGGUCUAAUCGAAGACUAUUGCGCAAUGUUAACAUACAUUUCCUUGCCUCUGAACAGCACUCGUCACGCAAAUCUUCCAGAAUUGCGUGACAACCAGAUGUAUCUGUAAGCAUUUCCGUUCUGUAUUUUUCCUUUCAAAUGUAGGAAAGCUAAACAUGACGGUAAAGUCAUAGUUUCUUUUCUCUGUCUAGGUUGUUCAAAGACAUUUGCAACUAUUCUUAAGUCACAACCCCUUUUGACGUUGGAUCUUAAAGCACAAGGUUCUAAAGGCAUGAACAGUGCCUUGCCAGAUAAGUGUAACAUUACACAUGCUCAGUAUCUUGAGCAGCUUUCAUGGAAGGAUCUCAACAAUAAAGAGAAGGACACAUUUUACAUUAGACGAGUUCCUGAAUGGCCCUACACCAACCUUACGGUAUGUUAUGUUGUGUAAUGUUUAAAUUUUUGUGGGUGACAAGAGGAGCUUGUUAAUCUCCAGGUUGUUAUUACGCAUUCGUCGCAUGUAUGUAGCAAGCAUUUGUUUGGUCUUCCACUAAGAAUGUACAUUAUGUAUGGAAUGCACAUAACACAAUUUGAUCAUGCACUUUUGAAUCUUCUAUCACUCUUAAUCUGAUCAUGCCUGUUUUGACUUUCUGUCACGCAAACCUUUAGCAAAGCACAGCGCUGGAGCAAAAGCGUUUUGACCUUAAGCUAGAAGUUAUUGAGCUAGCAUUGGGUUAGGGGAGGGGUGAGUGGGGAGUACCCCAGAAUCUCCACUUCUCUAAUAUUUUUGUUGUUUCUCUUUUAAUUUGUAUGUCAUCAGUGGACUGGGAAAAUGCCAUCUUUGUUCUCUGGCUACAUAAUGAAAUUACGUGGUGAAUGUGGCGAAGGAUCUCCAGUGCAGACCUUCUGUGUUCUGUUCAAAACAAAAGGCAACCAAUCAUGUGAGUGCAACAAUUGUUCGUUAAUACUCCUCUCUUCUUCUUAAGAGCUCAUUCAUUUCAAGUUUGUUAAUGUUCCGGAGUUGGUGUGAAUGUCAUAAAAGCCCCACCCAACUAUAAAUAGCUUGCCCUGUAAGGUUCUUGAAGCACCAAAGAGUAUUACACCUUCCUCCCCCAAGAUUACUUGAUGAACGUACAUUAAAGCAACACUGACAUAACAUACCUCUUGUGCUGGAUGGGCACCCAGGGCUGUCAUUAGGAGCAGGGGGCCGGGGAUUUCCCCCAACUAUUAUGAAAGUGGCCCCCGGCUACUUUCAUAGAAAAAUAGAAGAAAAAUAGAACCAAAAGAAAUCCCUAGCUGUUUGAUUCCCCACCUACUCAGUGGUGGAUCCAGGGGAGGGGCCCAGGGGGGCCAAGUCCCCCCUUAAUUUUAGACCAAACAGAGGACCGAAGGACCGAAAAAAAAAUUGUUUUUGACACCAGCCCCCCUCCCUUUAUCUCAGGGUCUGGACGACCGGGCCCCCCUAUCUGAAGGUCCACCACUGCUACUCUCUGUAUUUACCCAGCAACUUGAAAUCUUAGUGACAUCCCUAGGCACCCCCUUAUUUGGCCUAAAGAAGGAUGUACUGGUUUCAUUUGUUCAAAGGGUGGAUAACAGUAUCCACUGGAUAAAUGUCUAUCCACUGAAUGAUGUUAUUGGUUUCCUGGAUACUUAUCCUCUGGAUAGUGAUUUAUCUGGUGGAUAGCACCAUCCAUCUUUUAAGCAACUGAGACCUGCUAAACAGGGUCUAGCUUUCAGGGUCUUACAUUUUAAACAGGGUGUCUGUGUGGACUAGAGCCUUGAACAGGGCGGGGGUCAACUUGGGUGGUGUGAGGUUUACAUGGUCAGUACUAACAAUUUUUCUAAAAAUUAAAUUCUAUCAUACAUACAUACAUACAUAUAUAUAUAUAUAUAUAUAUAUAUAUAUAUAUAUAUAUAUAUAUAUAUAUGUGUGUGUGUGUGUGUGUGUGUGUGAAAUAAUUUAUAUACAAUAAGGGUCAUAGCCUGCGUAGCAAGCGUUUCCGUGCGGUUUAGGAGCAAAGAAUGAGGAACGAGAGUCAAAGACCGCGUGAAAAAUUGUUUCAUUUCUUGCGCGGCCACAACCGAGAAUCCCGUUCCUCGGUCUUUCUUUGCUCCGAAACCAAACGGAAAUGCUUGCUGCGCAGGCUAUAAGGGUCAUGAAAAGUGAAACGAAUGGUUUUUGUCUCAAACUGGGUCAGGCUUUGUAGGCCUCAGUGGCACACCUCUACCCAAACUUUACGUAAGUGUCCCCCCUGCUUAUGGUUUUUUUUUAUCAACUCAUCUUAUAAAGUCCUCUGUGGAUCCUGCCACUAACGACACAAUUUUCUUUCAAAAGGGACCUUUCCAGAUCCUAAAACUCAAGCAUAUCCAAUUACAACUUCAAUGUCUAUAACCACAGCAAAAUCCCAAACCACAGCAACACCCCAAACCAAGGGAACGACUAAAGUGACAUCUGCAGUGAAAACAACUGUUAAGGCCAAACGAACAGCAAAGGUAACUGAAAGAUUAGUCUGGACUGUGUGAUUUUUAAUAAAAAUCAAAGUACGCAGCUAAAAUCUUGGACACUUCUCUAAAGCAGACAGUUGUGUUGAACUUCAUGCAUAUCCUGUUUAUAGUGUAGAUAUUCCUGAAAUGCAUACACUUAGUUCUUGGAGGUGGGGGUGGGGAAGGGGGGUAAGUACUAGAUAUCCAGUCAGGCUGUGUUGCACAAGUUACAGGAAGUAGAGAAGACAGUUGGGGGGUGUGGAUGUGCGAGACAGGAGACAGUCAAGGCAUACGAGCGAAAAAGUAAAAUUAUACUUCCGCCCUCGUUUCUCCCGCCCCUCACACGUGUACUCGAUCUACUGUGACUCAAAAGAAAAAUAAGAGACUGCUCGCAGUUUACGCGGAAAGGAAAUGGAAAAGGCCACUACCCAGGCUCACUCUUUCCGCUAUCUGGAUUUACCAGGAUUAACUUGAUCCAUAUAGGAUUUUAGACUACGAGUAGUCUCUCUUUUUUCUUGGUCUGUCAAGCCAAGCAAAGUGCGCGAGACACGCAAUUGACCACGCGCGUGACUGAACUCGUGAGCGCGUGCGCGUGUACUCCCCUAACUAAAUCUGAAGAGAGACUGCUUGCAGUCUAAUGGGCUUUCCCGUAAUAACUUUUUUACCACUUGAUUGUUUUUGCAAGGCACGAUAUAGUAAACGAAAAACAACCAAAGCAGUUUCAGCAAGGCCCUCACCAGAGACCCCAAAAAUCACAGAGAGUUCUACUGAUAGUUCCGUGGCAACAAGACCAUCAAAAACAGAGCCUACUACUGCAGAUGUGGUAACUGUUACGCCUUCUAAAGAAUACAUUCCAGGGAGUAAAGAAGCAGUUUCAGCAAGGCCCUCACCAGAGACCCCUAAAAUCACAGAGAGUUCUACUGAUAGUUCCGUGGCAACAAGACCAUCAAAAACAGAGCCUGCUACUGCAGAUGUGGUAACUGUUACGCCUUCUAAAGAAUACAUUCCAGGGAGUAAAGAGGCUCACAAAGACAAGGAGGCACUGAGUGACAAAGAUGAUGAACGUAGCAUGACAAUGAUUGCAGUCAUUUCGGGAGUGGCAGCUGUUGGCUGUUUAGUCCUUGGAUUUCUAUGUUUGUGGUUCAUUAUAGUUCAACGGAGAAAAACCAGGUACGGUGUGAAGUUAACCCUUAAAUUGUGGACCCCUAGCUAUGACGGAAACCUAACGAGAAUCAAAGCUAAAUUCUCGGUAAAAAGUACAGACGUUUGACCGAAACAAACCUUGCUGUUACAGACUAAUACCCUCUCCGAUAUGGUUUUAUUGGCGGCACAAAAGUUAUGAAUCGGUAUAUAAAGAGCGUUUUCACAUGACUUUACGGCGGUAAAACAUUUUUGUUGUGUAAAAGCCCCCCCCGGGCGGGGGGGUAAAAGCUUUCUUUUGUUCCAAUAAACUUGCAUAGAUAUUGGCUGCGUAAGUGAAAACGCUUUAUAGUUUAGACUUUUCAACAUACCAGAACUAAAAAAACUGCAUAUCUGUAACUUUUUGCACCAGGAACGAAAGACAACGUAACUGACAUUCGUCGUAACAUCGACGUCAUUGAUGGUCCUACUCAAUCGAUAGAAUGGACAGAAAAAGGUUUGACUAGUUUUCAAAAUGUAUGUUUUCAGGAAAUUGUUUCUCAACGCUACCUCUUUUUAAUGUGUUUUGCAGAGAUCUUGCUAACUACGAUGCAGGAACAACAGGUAUCAAAAGUCAUUUUAUGCAUGGAAAUGUUUUUUGCCCUAUCUCCAAACACGAAAAAAAGUCGAGAAAAACUUUCCGCUGAGAGUCUUUUUUUUAAUGAUUGUCGUUGUUGUUUCGUCAUUUGGGGAUAUAAAUCGCACUGAAGGUCUACAAUUUAUCUGUCACAUCAUUUAAGUCACAGUUAAUGUCAAUCACCCAAGGGGCAGGCCUAUCAUUUGUUAGCAACAACUUUAGACCAUGCAUCGUUCAACCCACUGUACUCCUUAGGGGUUAAUCUCUACCCUUAGAUCGCUAUCAAUCGGCUAGCAAAACUGGUAUCUUUAACACUGCUUUGCCACUGAAUAGUGAUUUAUCUGGCAAGUACCAUUACAUAUAAGUAGGUUUAGUUUCAUCGUCCGGGUGAACGUAGUCCUGAAUAGGACUGUUGUUGUUGACAGUGAGUGACGUUUGGACAACCUGCGCGGUAGUCAUCUUCAGAGUCAGGGACGAUCAUAGUAAACCUACUUUUGAAAUGACUCCUUGAUUCAAACCUUUCCCAGUAUCUCCAUCUAUAUUCUGAGCAACUUGGGCUUGAUCUUGUUUGGUUUGAAUGACCUUACAGUCUGUGCAAACUUUGCCUUAAAUCCUUUGUUGAUACAGAAAACUAGGAGCUCAGAAUAUUUUCCUCUACUUAAGUCUCCACUUUGUUGUCUGAUUCUUUGUCCUCUGUUUUUGUUUAGUUAUUGCAAACCCAACAACAGGAACACAGGUACGUAAUUGUCACAUUUUAUUCUAACUGAGAAAAAUAUGUUAACUUCGUCACAUGCGAGCCUACUGCCUUCAGUUAGUUGCUGGGCCCUUUAAUUUCUCUUAGAAUAACUCAUCGGAUAAAGGCCAUUUACUUGUGUCAUAUGUGUGACAAGGUUUUGCAACUGCAAAAAUGUCUUUGUAGACAGAUUUUGUAAGAUGGUGCAUGAAGUUCCGUGGAUAGACGAGAAGCAACGUUCGUACCCACGUUAAAACCUGUAUUUGUUGCAAGUUGCGAAAAGUUGAUGCAGAAAGAAGAGAGCAAACCGUGUAUCAGUGUAUGGCGUGACUCCCGCGUAAUUUAAUCCAAGAGAGUAUUCACGCAACUUGCAACAACCUUGUUUGUUGCCAGACAGGUUUGACUCGUGGGUGGUAAAACGCGUAACAUAGCUUUUAACUCGUUUUCCAGCAAUGUUGCAAAACAUGUUGCACGUUUCUGUCGCCCGUUUUACUGUAGCUUUAAUGAUGGGAUUGUCGUCUUCACGUGACACUCACACCUUAACGGCUCCCAUGGUCACCUCCAAAUAUUUUUUCCUUAGCGCGUGAUGUUGUUAUUCCACUCAGUCUUACCCAGUUUUACCAUUUAAGAAAAGGUAAACACGGACAAUAUGCCACUUGAUAACUCAGUAGAAUUUUGAUUUGCACAGUAAAAUUCUAGUGUGGCAGUUUCUUUGCUCAGACAAUGGCGGAGAACUAGAUGAAGCAACGUUUGACAAGUUUUUAUGAUUAUUCGUUCAACGUCGCUCGCAUUUUCAUUACAUAACCCGUAAAAUAUCUGCUCGUGUUAUCUAACAAAACACCUCAUUUUGUUUAUUUUUAAUUAUUGUAUGGUCGUUGAAAUAGUUUGACCAUGUUUGACAGAAUUUUCCUUGUUUUCUUAGAAUCACUUUCCUAUUCCGGGGAUACUCAGAAAUCCUGUAUCUGACGAGAAUACUUACAUGGAACCCGUAGAAAGAACUCGCAAAAACGUUGAGAGAUAUAUAGGUAGGUGAUAUAUGGACAUAUAGCUGUUGUUUUUGUAAAAAAUUAGUAAUUAAAUGUCAGUCUAAAUCCACUGCGUCACUUUCAAGUUGUUUUUUUCUUUUCCUUUUAACGAAAAGGCUACAAAUUUUGAAGACACGACCUUGACGUAAUUGCCUUUUUUUCGACUUUAAAAAUGACGAAAAGGCGAUCAUGUAAGUUCUAAAAGAUAAACAUUUACUUGCGUUAAAACCGUUUGACACAUACACUGAACGUUGUUGAGCGGGCAAAAGUGAUGUGCCCGGACAUCCACGCAACAGAUCAUCAAGUUCCCGCUUGUUAAGUGCUUUGUGUUUUUACAGAUAUUGUGACUCUUUGUCUCUGCGGCGCAAGAUCUUCGUGUAACACAUCUACCACAUGGAAAGAGAGAAUGUCGAAAAAUGUUCCAUGCAGUUGUUUGUAAUAAGAUCCUACUAACAGUUUACCCCACCUACCCCUCCCCUAACCCAACAUUUUGCGCCAAGAAGCUCGUGUUAACGUUGGGUUAGGGGAAGUUUCGGGCGAUCCCGCACCUAUUUGAAAGAUUGUUUGAUUAACUGGGAAAAGAAUAGGGAUUGUCACAUAACAAUACCCCUAUCCCUGAAAACAAUGGAAGUGCAGAUUAAAGGGGAUCAGUGAAAUAAGAGGUUUAGAACGGUUCAGGUCUACUGCAAGUUUCCCCACAAUCUUAAUACUGACCCUCCGGCUAUCUGAAGAGCCUUUUAAAAGCUCUGCAAGUGCAUUCUUAGUGGCGCUUUAACGUUUUUAUCUGUACGGCCGUCCUCGGGGAACUUUUGCCCUUCCAACCAGUUAUUUGGCUUUCUUGUCAUUUUCUCGAAGAUCUUAGAUGCUGUGUAAAGAUUUACGAGAACGGGAGACCUUCUUAAUACUUCUUGUUGUUGCUAUUUUCAAAACCGAAACGUUUUGCGUCCUUUCUUAGAAAUGAUAGCCAUAUCUAGGGAGCGAUUAAAUAUGGAAACCCAAGUUCGAAACUUUGCAGGGAAUUCAAUGGAAAACUCCUCCGGAAGAUCUUGUAUGUAAAGAAGAGUUCUUUUGAAACGUUUAGCCAUCUCGUAGCUAUAAAAAUCUCUAGGUAAUAGAAAACAGCUCCUGGCUGCGAGCCCCUGACAGUUUUCAUACCAACUGGAUACAAGUCAGUGCAGGUUACUGGAAAGAACGCAAGCCAAACGCAAGAUUCAACUCGCAGAGCGUUAAGUUAAGCGUGAUUUUCAUAUGAUCACUGAACAGCAGUUCAGUAAUUUUCAGCGAUUGAAUUUAAACAACUCUUCAAUGACUGAGAUAAGAUUUUAAGCGCUGGGGUUUCUUAUAAGCACUCCUACCAUUUCAGAUCUCUCGAUGUUUCGCAGCCAUCUUAGGCGAUAAAACUUUUAAGACGGAAUCCAUCAGGAACUUGAGUAAUUUUAAUUUUCAGUGGACAAAAACCUUCUGCCAGAAUAAAUUUACGAAUAUCGCAUUCUUUUUUUGCAUUUUUCAAGGGCUAAAGAUGUAAUAAAUCAUCUGUAGGAACACCAAAGAAAAUUUCCCAUGGAAGUCCGAGAAAAUGAAUGUCAAAUUUCACAAGAAUUGUGAUUACGCGGGUAAAAUUCUGAAAAUUUCAUGUGAAAGAUGUCAUUUCGUGUAACUUGACAUUUGUCUUCUCGGUCUCUCAUAAGAAAUUGUUUUUGGUGUUACUACAGAUGAUUUAUUACAUCUUUAGCCCUUGAAAAAUUCAAGAAAGAAUGCAAGAUGCUUUAAAUUACUCUGGUACAAGAUUUUUGUCCACUGAAAAUCAAAUUACUCAAUGUCCUGGUGGAUUGCGUCUUAACUUAUUUUAUCUCUGUUAUCACUUAUUCAGGUGAUACAUCAUAUGACAACGAUGGAGAGGUACUUAUUAAGAAGAAUCCGGGUGCGAAGGACUCCCUGCCUUUGAACAACAUAAAAAUGAAGCCCCUUAACACUUCUAAUAGGAGGACACAGAGAGAACACACUUACGACAAUAGGGACCAAUUCACAAGAGGCAACAGGCCGGACGGAGAGAAACCAAUUUAUGAUAAUCCGGAGGACACAAUAAAUGAAGAGAAACCUGUUUAUCAGAGUUUGAUCAAGGAUGAUGCUCGUGCGCGGUUUAAUUCUGACCCGAAGGCACCAGUGUAUCAGAGUUUAAACCCAGAUGGGAUGAUGUACCAACCAUUGCAGAAAAAUACUGUUCAACAGGUGAGAAGGCGCAUGUCUCGGUCUAAUGUGAAUCUGUUUAGCCACAUCCGUUAACCCUUUUACCUCUGAUGGUGGGCAAAGAAAAAAUAACAUUUAUUUUUGUAAAAUCCUCAGAAAUAAAUGGUACCAUUCAAAAGUUCUGCCAAAAAGGUUUCAUUUUUAAAAAUGGUAACACAACAGAACUUAAUCCACAGAUUUAAAAGUUAGGUUGAGACAUUAACUCAUUACAAGUGUUGGUCCAGUAGUUAACCCAGAAUCUAACCUCUUUGUACAUUUAUUCACAAGACGCUAUGAGCCCUAAACGUGUUUGAAUAUCAAAUAAAAACGCCUCAUUCUUGCAUCAUGAAUUUCUUGCGGGAAACUAUUUUGUCUUUUUACCAAACACUCGCUCAUAACAAUGUUUCAUCGCGAUAUCAAUCAUAUCAAAGUUCGUCAAAAAUACUAGGCCAAGGGUCGGGUUUUCAACUUUGUUCAUGUUUUUUUUAUAUGUGAUGAAACACUAAAAUACUGUCAAAACCUUCCGUAAGCGACCACCCAAAAUGCGAAGAGUCAGUGGUCGCCUACGGGAGUCGAACUGCAGGAGGUCGAAUUGCAGAGAAGCCAUGAUUUGCAUGCAAUUUUUAGGUUACAAUAUAUGUAUAUCUAUAUUGUUUCUAGGAGAUCUCUCUAUACUCUGAGUAGCGAAGUACAUGGAGUUAACACAAAGAUCAGACAUCAGACCAUUGUAUCGGAAGGUCGCUUGGAAGAGGUUAAAAACAAUGAAAAUUCUAAAACCGAGAACCGUUUACCAGAAGUUUCAAUUAUAAAGCUUUCUGGGAAAAUUUUGGUGUCUAGAGAGGUGGUCGCACUUGGAGGUUCGAUUAUACAUGUGUACAAUACAUAUUGUACGGUGUUUUUGUCACUUUCGUUUGCUUGUUGGUCUGUCAAAACUAAGGCCAGGUCUCCUAUGUAGCCGUUCGUUGUCUUGACACGCAACGCAGCCCUGCCUGACGAGACAGAGAAUAGGGCGAAGACAAGAGCCAUAAUGGGACCAUUAUGGCUCUUGGUCGGCGACGCAAAUCAGCAAGAGAUCACCUAGCCUGCGUUGCAGUUGACCCGCACAUCGUCCAGGCCAUUACUAGAGUAUACAGUUGGGUUAGAGUGUCUUAGACUGUUUCAGGCGUCACAGAUCUUAGAGAGCGGGCGCAAAAUUGACGAGGAAAAACAAAAACAAAAACAAAACAAAACAAAACAAAACUGGGGGGAGACUAGAGCUCGCCCCAGUUUCCCCGUAUUUUCCUCCUCAUUUUCCCCUCGUAUGAUUAGACUCGCUCCUCACCAUCUGAACGCCGCGGUCUACUACUUGAACGCCUGGAAGUCUGGAACAGGCUAAGAGUGUCUGCGAGGUAGGGUCCUUAUUGCCUAUGUCUACUUUGCCCACUCUUUUAAUACGGCAAAUUGGUGUUAAUAAUAAUUUUAUUUUUCUUUAAGUGGCGAGAAGAUAUUCCAGAAUACCUAGCUCUGCUCAAUCCAAAUCAAAGCCCAAGGAACCUCUCACCCAGUCCCCCAGAGUACCAGCCUCCAUACUCCACAGGCCCACCCCCAGAGGACGCUGAAGAGUCUCCGGAAUACGCUGAUUAUGCCGAUUUGGACGAACUCGAGGAAAUUGCAGCGAAAGAGGGCUCUACCAAGUGUCCCAAGGAGGAUCCGUCUUAUGCAGCACCAUUGUAUAAUGCGCCUGAAGGACCCAGCUAUGACUAUGCCUGCCCGACCGGUGGUGUCGUGUAUGAUAUUCUAGAGGGACCUGAUUCUCAAUCAAAUGGUAUCACAAAUCAGGGCUUUGAGCCCCCAAUGUAUGCGGUCCUUGAGAGCCCUGACACAUCCCCAUCAAAUCAUUAGGUUAUAUAGUUAGCGACCACGAUAGUUAGUGACCACAAAUAGAACGUCAAAACAAGAAUAGCUUUUAUCGGCCAAAAAACACGUUUAAGUACAUUUCUCUAUGGGUCACUGCAACAUACGACAUCAAAAACAAAAAUCAAGGUGAAUCACUCUCACUGAGUUUUAAACUUCGUCCGUAAAAGUGAGGUCUGGCUUGGAAUUUCCAAGAAAAAUUUUCUCAUUCGGCAAAUUGAGUUGGAAUAAUCGUGAGCAAGUUUGAAAGGACGCGAUUACACUUACCAUGGUCCACACCCGAAAAGUCUGGCAGUUUUUGUUUUGUUUUUGUUUUUGUGUUUGUUUUGUUUUUAAGUUAUAUAACGCAUUUAGGUCGUCGUCAUAUUAUAAUAUGUCAUAUUAUUUGUUUCGUUUUGUUCAUCUUACGUAGGGUGCAAACAGGGCCUUAUUUAACUCUCACACCCUUUGGCUGGCGGCCGUAAACUGUUAGAGGCGGUUGUCGCGCUCUCUUUGAAUCGUUUGGGGGACUCUCGCCUUUAUCAGCCAAUCAACAAUUCAAAAAGGUUUUUGUCAUCUCUUGCCUCUACGGAGGUGAAUUGCGCAACACUACAUGC